AAAAUUUUAGGUGGCAGUCCCACUCCCGCGUAUAAAUAGUGCCCUAAAUCCUAGAGACCUCUGUCCUUGAGCCAUUGUGCCUGCCCCUUUACUUGGCAUUUCAAACAGACUCAGAUCUGCAUCAUCUUAGAGUGAAACAAUAUGGAAACCUUCCUGUUUACAUCCGAGUCUGUGAACGAGGGCCACCCUGACAAGUUGUGUGACCAGAUCUCCGAUGCUGUUCUUGAUGCCUGCCUUGCUCAGGACCCCGAUAGCAAGGUUGCUUGUGAGACAUGCACUAAAACAAACAUGGUCAUGGUAUUUGGAGAGAUCACCACCAAGGCUGACGUAGACUAUGAGAAAAUUGUCCGUGAUACUUGCCGUGUCAUUGGAUUUGUCUCUGAUGAUGUUGGCCUGGAUGCUGACAAUUGCAAGGUCCUGGUCAACAUCGAGCAGCAAAGCCCGGAUAUUGCCCAGGGUGUUCAUGGUCACUUCACAAAGAGACCAGAGGAGAUUGGUGCUGGAGACCAAGGUCACAUGUUUGGAUAUGCCACAGAUGAGACGCCUGAGUUGAUGCCUCUGAGCCAUGUCCUUGCUACCAAACUUGGGGCUCGUCUCACUGAGGUUCGUAAGAAUGGUACCUGCCCUUGGCUAAGGCCUGAUGGUAAGACACAAGUCACCGUUGAAUACUACAAUGACAAUGGUGCCAUGGUUCCUGUUCGCGUCCACACAGUCCUCAUUUCUACCCAGCAUGACGAGACUGUCACAAAUGAUGAGAUUGCUGCUGACCUCAAGGAGCAUGUUAUUAAGCCAGUUAUCCCCGAGAAAUAUCUUGAUGAGAAGACCAUUUUCCACCUCAAUCCAUCGGGCCGCUUUGUUAUUGGUGGUCCCCAUGGCGAUGCUGGUCUCACUGGACGUAAGAUCAUCAUUGAUACAUAUGGUGGCUGGGGAGCCCAUGGUGGUGGUGCUUUCUCUGGAAAGGACCCAACCAAGGUGGACAGAAGUGGUGCCUACAUAGUUAGGCAGGCUGCCAAGAGCAUUGUGGCAAAUGGACUCGCUAGGCGGUGCAUUGUGCAGGUCUCAUAUGCUAUUGGCGUUCCAGAGCCUUUAUCAGUUUUUGUGGACUCUUAUGGAACUGGAAAGAUUCCUGACAAGGAAAUCCUCAAAAUUGUGAAGGAGAACUUUGACUUCAGGCCUGGAAUGAUCACCAUUAACCUGGAUCUCAAGAGAGGUGGCAAUGGUAGGUUUUUGAAGACAGCUGCAUACGGGCACUUUGGAAGAGAUGACCCUGACUUUACCUGGGAGGUUGUGAAGCCCCUUAAGUGGGAGAAACCUGAAGCGUGAAAAUAAUCAAUUUAGUAGUUGCUUGGUUGAUGUUUACUUAAAGUGAAUGAAUAAUUUACUUGUUUUACUAUUGCUGCUUUAUAUUUGGAAGAACCUUAUGAUUGAAAUACGUUUACAAAUGGGAUUAUAUUUGUUACUUCUUCA